CAUGCUGAUUAUCCCUCUCUAUAAUUGAGGGAAAUGUAAGAUUUUCAAUACAACAUAGAGGAGUAUUCUUUUCCACAAGUCAAUGCUAACAUAUAGAUUGAGAAUUUCAACAUAUAAUUGAGCUCACCACCUCAUUUGUCGAGAUGUUUAGUGUAACUUUCUUGACUUUUGUGAACCAGAUGAGUCUAGAAUGUCACAUGUUAGUUAUACUACAACAACUAUUACUAUGUUUCAAUGCCAAACAAGCUGGGAUUAACAUUCAGCUAUAUAAAUUUCUUACUGUUCAUGUCACUCCAUUUAAACCAUCUUUUACGUAUAAUAUUGAAAAAUAUCAGCAUGUUAGUUAUAUGCGGUUGCUUAUUAAAGUCAAGAAAAUGGGCUGCAUCAAUGUGUUGGUUAUAUGUGGAUGCUUUAUUAUUAAAGUUAAGAAAUUUAAACCAAUGGGCAUCAAUUUCUUGAAAUUGCAAGAGGAAAAAUUAUAUUUUUCCUGGUUGAUAAUUAAAGAAUCUUUUGUGGGACCCUUAAUUGGUAGGUAGUGUACAUAUUUUAAACUUAUAUGUGUAACAUGUGAGGAGCUACACUUUCAACUUUUCUUGUCUACUUUCUACAAACUUUGUAAAGAAUCUUCCAUUGUGAAAUAGAUAGAUGGCAGUAAUUUGUCAGACCUUUGGGAGUUUUCUUGGUUUUUAUGUAUUGUCUGAUUUGUAAAAUUGUGGACCUAAUUCUCAUGUCAUGAAACACUCAAGCAACUAUGGGGACAAACUACAGACCAGUCACAGUCUACAGGAAUUUCUAUUCGUUUGGGAAUUCUCUUUCUGGUUUGGUCUUUUGUUUCUAUUCUAAAGCAUAAACACCUGUCAAAACUUUGCUUUUCUAUAAAGGGAAAAAAGAUUUUUUUUGAGACACUAUGACUUAAUGAGAUGUUUCGUUCAUAUCCAUACGAUUGAGUCCUUGGGUUCCCGAAACAGUGUAAAAAGAAGUGCUUCAAUCAUUGCUAUUUGACUCGGGAUCUGUCAUAGGUGCACGCUACGAGUUAAAAUCCCGUCGGGAACCAAGUCUAGUAUUUAAGCGAAGAAGGGUAGAGGGACAGCCCCACUUUCACUGAGUUUCAAAGCUGAAGAUAGCGGAUUUCUCGAUUAUCCAAAAAGAUAUUUUGAUUUUUUCAUUUACUGCCAGUAGGGAUUCAACUUUGUGAAAGUAUUCUUCAUGGAUAAGUCAAUUAAAUGGUGUAUGUGUUUUCAUCAACAUUGUGUCAAUUCUUCCAGAUUCGUUGAAAUUAACACCUCAGGAAUUACAACAUAUGAUGGCCUCGAGAGCUGCAUACUAAACAGUCAGUCUUAUGACAUUGAAAGUGGCACUAGUAGAGGUGUUACAGAUUCCUUAUAUGAUGACGACUCAAGCAGCUCUUCCAGCAACAAUGCUUUUGGAUCUUAUGAUGGAAAUUUCCCCUCAAGUCCUCAACAUUUUUAUGUGAAGGAAAAACCUGCUUAUACAACACAACUUUCAGAAGUGGAAACAAUGAAAGAAAUAUUUGCAAAGUUGUUGCUCGGGGAGGAUGUGACCGGAGGAAGCAAGGGGAUUUCCAGUGCAUUGGCAUUGUCCAAUGCCAUUACAAAUCUUGCAGCAUCUGUAUUUGGAGAGCUGUGGAAAUUGGAGCCACUUGCAGAGGAAAGAAAGAGGAAAUGGAGAAGGGAAAUGGAUUGGUUGCUCUCACCUACUAAUCAUAUGAUUGAGCUGGUUCCUGCAAGACAACGUGGCUCAAAUGGCCAGAGAUUGGAGAUAAUGACACCAAAAGCUCGUGCAGACAUCCAUAUGAAUCUUCCAGCACUUCGGAAAUUGGAUUCCAUGCUUCUUGAAAUACUGGAUUCAAUGGUUAAUGCUGAGUUUUCAUACAUGGAAGCGAGUAGCCGAGCAGAAGGGAAAAGCACGAGGUGGUGUCUUCCUUCACCCAAGGUACCCAUAGCCGGGCUCUCUGACGCCGAAAGAAAGAAAUUGUUGAAUCAGGGAAAAUUGGUGAAUCAAAUAUUCAAGGCAGCAAGAGCUAUCAAUGAAAAUGUCUUGGCUGAAAUGCCUGUUCCAACAGUUAUCAAGGAUGCACUUCCAAAGUCUGGAAGGACAAGCCUCAGGGAGGACCUUUAUAGGAUCCUGACUGAAGAAUCUGCCUCUGCUGAAGAAAUGUUCAAUUCCUUAAACUUGAGAUCCGAAAACAGCGUUCUUGAAGUUGUUAACAGGUUAGAGGAAGCCAUUAUUGUAUGGAAAGAAAGCAUAACUGAUCAAGCUAGUGGAAAAUCUCCAGUUCAAAGAUCUUGGUCUUUCGUAAAAGAUCCAGUAUUUGAGCUAGACAAACUGGAGGUCUUAUUGAGUCAAGCGGAAGUUCUUCUGCAGCAUCUCAAACUUAAGUAUCCAAACCUUCCUCAGACGUUCCUCAACGUCACAAAAAUUCAGUAUGGCACGGACAUUGGGCAUUUAAUUCUGGAAGCAUACUCGCGGGUUCUGUUAAACUUAGCAUACAACAUUCUGACAAGGAUCGGAGAAAUUUUGCAAGUAGAUUUCUCAAGCAACCCCAACUCACCAGCAGCUACUGGCUACUUGAGUCCUAUAUCAAGUGAGGCACUCGUUGAUCGAUCAGAUGAACAGAGCUGAUGGACAUUUUAGUGACUCCUGUCAUACAAAUUGAUGUUUACACUAUGGACAUUGAGUUUGCUUAACCAAAGACAAGUUAAGGAAGGCAACAUCAAGUUGAAACCGAGUUUGGUGCACUGGCAGGGAAGCUUAUAGCAGCAUGUCUACUGCGAAUUCGCCUUAACAAGAGAUUUUUUGUGCUAGUCGUUUUGUAGAUAUACAUAUAUAUACACCAUUUUCAUGUCAAGUAUCAACCUUAGCUUCUGGCUGAAUUUUCAUAGUUGUUAGCAUGCAUUUUACAAGCUAGACAACAGAGUUUGUUAAAUAUUUGUCUUAAAGACUUAAAGUGCUCAUUUUUGACGAAAUUAAAGGAUCAAAAUUGCUCAGGAGUAA